GUACUAAUCAUGUGAGUGUUUUAUUACAAUAAACUGCAAGCGUGUUUUCCUUUUCCGAAAAUAGCACCAGUUGCAGAUUUGCACCUCAGGACGGGCCUCUUGCAAGUAAAAAUAGAAACCAUCGGAGUUAUUUUCGUUCAAUCCAUGGAUUUAUUCGGAACAUCGUUUUGAUGUACACCUACUGAUCAUAUUAGAAGACUGGACACAAAAUACCUCAUCAGCUGACCUUGCAUCAAGUAGAUGAUCGACCAGUUUCUUGAUUCUUUUGAUGUGUAGUCACAAACCAACUGGAUACCACUCUGAAAGCACACUAAUUAGUCUACGCGAUUCAUCAUCUAUAUAUAUACAGGAGUGACCUGUGUACUUGCGCAAACUUCGUUCUUGGCGGCCUCAAAAAGCUAACAGGAAUUGUGGGACCCUAGGAGACCAAAAUAUCGAAACAAACAGUUGAAAAUGAGUCUUUGGCUUUCCUUGAAGAUUGCUUUGUCGUCAGCGACAGGGAUUGAAUUCACAGACUGUACAUCCUACCUUAUCCUUAGUCUGUUCAACACAGAAGCAUCACAUUGGAGGGUAGCAAAGAAAAAAGUAAAAUAAUGGGGCGGAAAAAAAUACAAAUAUCACGUAUUUGUGACGAACGAAAUAGACAGGUUACAUUCACAAAGCGCAAGUUUGGCCUCAUGAAGAAAGCAUAUGAGCUGUCUGUGCUGUGUGACUGUGAGAUAGCACUCAUCAUCUUCAAUGGCUCCAACAAGCUGUUCCAAUAUGCCAGCACUGAUAUGGAUAAAGUGCUCUUGAAGUACACCGAGUAUAAUGAACCACAUGAGAGUCGCACUAACAAGGAUAUCAUUGAGGCUCUCAACAAGAAAGAACACAAAGGGUGUGAGAGCCCUGAACCUGUGGAACAAGAGCCCUAUGUCAGUGGUCUGCGAUGUGAAGAAAAGUUUGAUCACUUGUCAACAGAUGAAUAUCAGCGAAUCAUGCAACAGAAUGCAGCAUCCAUGAGGGGGCCUCCAUCCUCUCCCUAUGGAAGUCCUAAUUUGCAGAUGUCUGUUGGAGGCCUGUCUUCUCACCCAAGCAUAUAUCAAAGUCAGGGAACUUUGCUGUCACCAAGCCCUCAGAAUCACUCUCUCAGUCCUUCGCCAGGACUUCUACAGCCUCCACAAGUGGUUUCUCCACGACCUCACUCUGCAGGUGGAGUAGUGGAUUUAAAUCACUCGCCAGUCCCUACACCCAAUGGCUAUCAACAUCGCAUUUCUCCUUGUAGUUCACCUGGUGUAGUGCCUUGUGCCAAACCAAUGCAUAGAGGAUCUCCUGUACCAUUGCCCACAUCACCUGUGCCACAAGGGGCUGUAGUUUCAUCUUCACAGCAGCUUCGCCCCAAUCCUAGCCUGCGGAUUGUACCACCUGCAAUGCGCAGUGAUCAUGCUUCUGAAUCACAACGACGUUCACCUAACCCGUCAGCUGCACCAACCAAUUUAAUGACAGGCAACAUAAACUAUCCGUCCAGCAUUUCAACAUCUUUUCCUGCAAAUAAUUUCUGCCUGAGCAACAGUGACUUGAGUGCAGGAGGCCUGAUGUUUGGUUCGUGGGGUGGUCAUAAUCAGUCCUCCCUUGGCUCACCCAUGUCACACAGUCAGUCAGCUAUGGGACACCACAGUCCUGUGGAACAAAGCAUUUCGUUGAGCAGUCAUUCGUCUCCCAUGGGUGUCAAUAUUCUCAGUGGCAUUCACAUCAAAAGUGAGCCUAUUACUCCACCACGUGAAUCUACUACUCCCUCUGGACCUAUGCCACAUCACAUACAACAACAGCAACCUCAACAGCAGUUACGACCAUCAUCAGGAGGGAAUGGAACUGGUCAUUUAUCUCCAGGACAUGCCAUGUCACAUUCUGAUAGUUCAUCACCUGUAAGUGUGCAUGCCUUGGACUACGAAAGCCCAGCAGUAAAACGCUCACGUAUUGAGGCAUGGACCACCUAAUCAGGGCUUCACAAUGGAUUUUUUAAAGUUUUGGUCUGCCCAACAUUGUAAACAGCAUUCUGCCUCUGAGAGGAACUGUGGUAAUAGGCAGAAUUGCAAACUCUGCUUACUUGGCAUUCCCAGUCAUUGCGAUUUCUGCAGAAGGUGAAGACUGAUUUGGCACAAAAUAUGUGCUUAAAUACAAGAACAUUUUCGCCACUGUUGGCUCAUGAAACAUUGGUAACGCUGCCUUGACAUUCAAAUAAUCACCUGGACAUGCACAGAAUCCACCUAUUUAAAGAAAUAAAAUCUGGCAGGAAAUAAAAGUUUAAUUUUAACAUUAAAUUGUGCAGAAAUUAACUUUUCCUGCCUAUAUUGAUAUUGAUAGAUCACUUUCUCAUAUACUCAAAAGAAAUUGUGUCCUGAAGACUUUCCAAAAUUAUUUCAUACACAAGAUUAAUUAAAAUAUCAAUAAUUUGUUUUCAGUUUGAUAGGCAGAGAAAAAUCCUGAAGAUUCUUUGCAACAAAAUCACUUUCAUAAUUGUCAUCUUCUAUUUAUUUUAUUUAUAUGCCUAGUUUUUAAUCUCCUCCAUCUGCCAUUUGCUAUAUCGUCAUCCUUUUUGCUUGUGAAAGGAUGCAGCUAACUUGGCAAUGAGUCAGCAGUCACUAUGUGUGUUACCUCCCAUUUUGCAUCGAUCAGACUAAACAAAUAUAUGAUAUAUAUAUUAAAAAUUGCAUACAACAUAGUACUGUAAGGGGCUUAAGGAUGCAGAUAGUAAGUAGGCGACACUGUGUGUUAAGAAUCAUUGUUUAGUGGGUGCUACUGAAACUUUUAUUUAGUGGAUACUCACACUUCAAUAUUUUGAUUAAGUCACAUACCAAUGAAUGUGAAAUAUGGUAAUUUGUAUAAUAUGAUGAUGGUGACGGUUUGUUUUUUCCUCAGUUCUUUUCUUUUUCCUAACAAGAUUAUUAUCUGUGACUGUGUUGGACUGCUGGUUGCAGUUCUUUUGUUUGUACAUGCACACAUUGUACACAAACAUGCCACUAUGACAUAUAAAUUUUCUCUUAUACACAGAGUUAUAUCUUAAGAGUUGCAUACAGGAGUGUACAGAUCAGACAUUAUUUUUAUGAAAGAAGAGAGACUGAGGUAGAAAUCAAAGAUAAUUCUUUGAGUGAAAUCUGAUUUUGAUGCAAAAAAAAAGCUUUCCUUGCAAUAGUACUGCAUUUGUCUUAGUCAUUCACUGAUUUUGCAUGUUGCUUUUAGAUUAUUAAUUUGUUUAGCUUAAUCCAUAGUCAAGAUUUUAUGUUUUAUAUUUGUGUUAAUUUUAUUGAUUUAGAUGAAAACAUACAUCUUAUCAUUGUAGGCAAAUUGUUCCUGGAUGUAUUGUGAGACGUCUACCUAAUAAAUCCAACAACCUUAUUCAAGAAAGACAUUUACUUGACAUACCUUAUGACAGUUAAGCUGUGUGUGUUUGUAUAUUUAUACAUAUGCAUGUAUUAUGUGCUCGUGCAUGGUGUUUCACAUCUGUCAACUAGUCAUUUCUUUUUAAGUCUUUUUUUUGGUUUCACCAACAGUUUUCUUAAUUCUGUAACUCAGUUGUGAUGACACAUUUUAUGACUUCUAAAAUAAAAGUAACUGAUACUAAAUGUAUCACUAAAAGUAAAAACAUAUACUUUUAAAUAAUAAUUUAAGCACAAGCUUUUUGUUUUUAAUUAAAGCCAGUGGGAGAAAAUGUCAUAGCACAGUCAGGGUGUAAAAUAUCCCAACAUGUAACCAUAUUUAUGAUCUUAUCAUGUUACUUUUAAAUGGGCCAUUUCCAAUAUUUAUUUUGGGAGCUGAUUAUUGCUUCAAGAUAAAAAUUAAUGCCCUCUUUAUAUGUUGUUAUUUAAUCAUUUUCUUUUAUCGAUCAUGGAGUACAAAGGUGUGACGUCACAACAAGUUUUUUCGUUCUAUGAGGAAGGUAAAAGUAGAGAUGUUGAAGAGUGUUGAACACUUUCUGUGCAUUUUUGCAGCUUUAAUUUAGUGGAAAAUGCCAGACUGCUGCUGUGUCAAAAAUUGUUGCAGAAGUACAGUAAAAAGUGAAAAAGUUUGAAUUUAAAUGUUCUUUUCCACAUUGCCCAUUGUACUAAGAGUAAGAAAGGUACCUCAUGCAUAAAGUAUCAUAUAGAAGUCUGAGAUUGUAAAUGGGCGAAGCAGAUUUAAAAAAAAAAAUCACCUGUCAUACACUUAAGGCUUGGGAUAAUGUCUUUUAGUUCAUUUUGUCUAGAUUUAAACUGUAGUAAGUAAUCAACAAUCCCUUGUACAUAUGCUUGUGUUGCUCCUCUUGAAAACAAAUGUUAGUGAAUGUGUUGCUUUUUGGGUAUUGUUACGAUUUCUUUUGUCAGGCAAAACUUAAUAUAUAAUGGCUGUUUUAAUCACAAACAGAUGACAUGUGCUAAAGAGGAAUAGAGCAUGCAGUGAGAGAUUUUACACUUUUAUCAAACUAGCCACACUCGUGGUCAAACAAAGUGCAAAAGGAUAUCUCACUCUAAGACUUCAUUUGUAAUGCCUCAAAAUAAAAAUUGCAAAAACUAAAA